AUGGCUGAAUCACGCCCAACCAUUAUUGUUACAAGGGCAAGAGGAAAUUACAAGGCAACUCCUAUGGAUAUGGAGAACCUCCCGUCUGGAGCCUCUAACUGUAACAUGUCUGGACAAGAAAAGUACAAGUCUAGAGCCUCUAAUAAAGGGAGAACAGGUCAGGAAAUCAAAGAGGGUGUCUCUCUGGUUGCAAUCAAGAACCUAUCCAAUUCCAAACUAAAACCGGAUGCAGAUGAAGAUGAUGAUGAGGAAGAUGAAGAACUUGUGCCCACACUCAUUCCUCGUGUUGCUACGGUAAAGGCUGCAAAACCCUUUGCAACCAAGGCUAAAACUACUGCCAAGCCUGAAACAUCUUCCAAGCAAAAGGAUAUGGAGGGUGAUUCUGAUGACUCAGAUGAUGAUAAAGAUGACUCAGAUGAUGAAGAGGAAACCCCAACUACCAAGAAGCCUAUUAUUGAUAAGAAGAGAGCCAAUGAUUCAGCUUCAAAGACUCUGUUCAAGCUAAGGCUGAUACCCCUCAAAAGAAAGAUAGCUCAUGUAGCUACUCCUCAUCCUGUAAAGCAAGCAGGAAAAACUCAAGCAGAAAAGAGAACCGGAGACGUCUUCCAGCCCAUUCCCAUCAACACCGUUCGUCCCAUCAAUGUUGACUCUCCAUCACCAAGGCAAACCGAACCCUCGAGGAGCCACGAAACCGAGUCAGCAUCAAAGGAGGAAGUAGAGGUUAGUAUUCACUCUGAAAACUCCAAGUCCCCCAACAAGAACAUCGACGAGAUCAUGGCUGACGUAGGUUUAAAUACCUCGGAAGUCAUUGUGGGCGUAUUCCAAAACAUUGCUAAGGAAACCGAAGAUGAUGUGUCAAGUCGUCUUAAUCCAGCUGAUCAGGAGGGCAAUACUGAAGAAAAGGAACCAUCCGGUUCAGCGGGGAACAAGUCCAUUCCAAUCGACACAACGAUCCAAUCGGCCCAAGAUGGGCCAGCUGAUUCAAAAAUCAUACCUGAAGGACGAGUUCAGGUUAACAAGGGCAAAGAAGUUUUAAUCGAAGAUUCCGCGGUAAAAGGAAAAGGUGUUCUGCAAACCGGCUCCCAACCUGAAAUUAUAACCGAGGCCGAGGUCGUCAUUUCCGCAGAGGAAUAG